CUUUUAGAAUCAUCAUCUCCUUCCAAAUCCAAACACUAGAAGCCGAAAUCAAAUCCCAUAAACAAAUUCUUGCACCAUUUCUGCUAUUUUUCUGUGUGAAUGACCCUGCAUCAACUUAAUAAUAAAAAGGGACGCCAUUUCUUCAUCUAAUCUACCUUUCUCUUCUUGUCUCCGAUGGAUGCUCAUAAGGGUAAGAAGGUGGUGGAAGAUGCCGGAAACUCUAAAAUUCAUGUGUUCCAAUCAUCCUCAGAGCUUGUUGAGAGUCUGCAUCAGAAAUGGAUCAACAAUGGGAAGCAACAACCUUACCCUGCAAUGUAUUCAAGUGUUUUUGGAGGGAUUGUUCUUGAUCCGUCUCUAAUGGUUAUUCCAUUAGAUGAUCACAUGGUUCACAGAGGCCAUGGUGUUUUUGAUACAGCUAUUAUAAUUGAUGGAUAUCUGUAUGAACUGGAUGUUCAUCUAGACCGUUUCCUCCGAUCAGCAUCAUCUUCAAGAAUUUCAUCUCCUUUCCCUCGUUCAACUCUUAGAAACAUCCUCAUCCAGCUCACAGCCACAUCCCAGUGCAAAAAAGGAACACUUCGAUACUGGUUAACUUCAGGUCCAGGCGAUUUCUUACUUUCACCAGCAGGAUGCCCAUCUUCAGCCUUCUACGCAGUCGUCAUAACAGACGAUUUCCCACAACAGAAAAAAGGAGUUAAAGUCAUAACAUCCACCGUCCCCAUGAAACCCCCUCAAUUUGCCACCAUGAAAAACGUUAACUAUCUCCCAAACGUCCUGUCUGUAAUGGAAGCCCAAGAUAAGGGGGCGUUUGCAUCAAUCUGGAUAGACAAUAACGGGUUUAUCGCAGAAGGCCCGAAUGUGAACGUGGCGUUUAUAACGCAUGAUAAGGAACUCGUAUUGCCUUCGUUUGAUAAUAUUCUGCGUGGAUGCACUGCUAAGAGGCUACUUGAAUUGGCGCCGGAGUUUGUGAAGGAUGGUCGUCUGAAAAGUGUUAGAACUGGGGAUAUUACAGUGGAAGAAGGGAAAGGUUGUGCUGAAAUGAUGUUUGUUGGGAGUACUCUUCCUUUGUUGCCAAUAGUAGAAUGGGAUGAUAAACCAAUUGGAGAUGGAGAAGUGGGGGAAUUAACUAUGGCUCUUUGUGAUCUUCUUUGGGAGGAUAUGGUUGCUGGCCCUGAAACUCAAAGGAUUCCAAUUGCUUAUCCUUAAGCUUAAGACUUCACUUGUUUCAUGUUUAAGAAUGUUUGAUGUUUCAUUGAAUAAUUAAUAAUAAUUUCAUCGCCACACAAAAUUCUCAAGAAAAUGAAAAUGU